CGAUAAAAGGAAAUAUGUUCACUUAUCUUGUUUCUUUCUGGAGAUGUGACAUGUCAGUUAAAAAUGGCUGGCUUACCUUGAUGACCUUGAUCUUGAGGGAUGGAUAUUCUUCGGUAUUAGAAGUUUAGGAUUCUCGGGAAAUUUCGUCCUUCGGGAACAGGAUGGAGGAUUGGACUCGAACUCAGAUUGAGUCGGAAACUUCCUCAAUAAGGCUAGAAUUAGAAACGGUGCAGAAAGCUUUAAAGCAACAAACGAAGCGAUGUCGCCAAUUAGUUUCGGAGUACACGAAGCGGUUACAAGAUAAGGAGCACCAAUAUCAAUCGGAAAGAACUUUGAGGAACGACCAAUUAGGGAAAGUUUUGCGCGCCUUAUUAAUUUUUGAGGCCCGUUUAAAGCAGGAGCAAAAAUUUAUAAGCCAUCAAUUAGAAGAGAAGGAUUAUUUGAUUAAUAAGCAGAGAAAAGAAAUUUCGAAUUUGAUGUCGAAUCAAUAUUGCAAGCAUUGCAAUCAGUUUUAUAGCCCAAUUUCUCAAAUUGAGAGCUUGGAUAGUAGCUCGGAUUACGUCGCGACUGAUUACCAAGAUUAUCAAAGCUCAACGUUGGAGUCUUUGGACUCAAGUUCAGAAACUUAUGCCACAAUCUCGAAUGAAAGCGAAACUAAAUGUAGUAUUUAUCAAAAGAAUAAGUAUAACAAAGAUUCUUUGGGGAGAAGGGGGAAGAAGAUAACGCAUAAAAAAAGUAUUGGGAGUUAUUUUGAAGCUUUGAAACUUCGAGGGGGGAGUCCCCAAUUAAAUGAUUACGAGAAUUUGGAUGGGGAAAGUCCGAUUAAAGAGGUUGAGGAUGAAAUUACGAAUGUUUCAGAGCGAAUUGAAACGAUUUUUAAUAAUAAUAAUAGUAGCUCGAAUGAAUCGGAUUGUAAUAACACGGUUAUUGAUAAAUCAACAACGCUGAAAAUCUCUGAGAACAUCCCAGUUUUCGAGGGGGAUGAGCCUGAAUCCACGGAGAAGUGGUACGCAAGCGGGAGUGACCAAGAAAUGGAGGAACAAAGAGAUGUUUACCGAAACAACCCGGUUUUGGAGUGUAUGAAUCAAAUUUUGUUGCAUAAUAUUAACGAUUCGAUGAAUGAAGUUUUCGGCGGCGAGAAAACUCCUAAUUUGGAGAGGAAAAAUGUUAAUAAGAAUGGGAAAAAAGUGAAAUUUAGCGAUCAAGAUUGCCAAAAAAGUGAUUAUUACGAAACUCCGAUUCAAAAGCAGCCCAAUUUUUACGAGAGUCCCCAAAGUAUUUAUAGCAACGAUUACGAGCAGAUUAUUUCAAAAAAUUUGCAAGAAAAGGAGGUGAACAUUUUGCCCACAAAGAAAUUGAGCGUCCCAAAAGAUGUAGAUACGAAUUAUUACGAUAUGGACACGAAGCCAGUUGAGAUUAUUAAGAAAAAUAAGAUAUUGAGAACUCCGCCGGCUCUCCCCCCAAAACCGAUUAAUUUAGUUUCGAAAUACAAAAUUAAUUUGAAUCAAAUUAAAUCCUCGUCUGAGAAUAGCACGGAAUCGGAGCCCGAUUAUUGUUCAAUAAGCGAGUUAAAUCUCCCGUUGAAGAUGGUGAAGGAAAAAAUUAAUGUAGUGGCGGAAAUUAAUGCCUCAAACGUCCUCGAAAAUUCCAAAGAUAUUAUUAUACACAAACAGAAAAGUGGCGAAUCAGAAUACGACCCAGUUGAUGUUAACGACGAGAUCGCAAAUCUUGUAAGCAAAAACAUCGAGAAGUUUAGUAUUCAAUUAGCCAAACAAACGCCGAUUAAGACGGAAAAUAUUUCACCGAAAUCAAAAUUAAUAAAAGAAAAUGAAAUUCCUAAAUUACCCCAAGUUUCCGAAAUUAUAAUCCCCGAAGAAGAAAUCGAAAAUGAGACCGAAAUUGAUAAAAAUAAAGAUUUAGAAAACGAUGAGAUAAUAACGAAUCAAGAUAAUUACGUUAAAAAUAACACCCAAAUUUUAAAAAUAAAAAACGUUAAUCGCAGACCGAUUAUAAUGGGGUCAACCGUUUCGAGUUUAAUAACCGAAUUUAAUAACCAACAGCUUUUAUCAGAAAUUAAAAGAAAACCGAUCCAAAAAAAAUUAUUCUCCAGUUUUGAAAAUUUACAAAAUUGCGAAAAAUUCGAUUUAAGUCAAAAUUUUGAAGAAUUUAAACUCGAAGAUUGCGAAAUUCUCGAAGAAUACGACAUCGAUUCGAAAAGUGAUAAAAGUGAUACUUCAACACAAAUGAGUCAAAUGAAUCAAAUUAAUCAAAUAAUUGAUUCAAAAUCGAUUCAAUCAAAUGAUGAGAUGAUUCAAAAAGAAAUUCAAGUUCCUACUUUAAAUUUGUGUAACGUUGAGGAGUUUCGUAAAAAGAUUCAACAAAGUAACGAAAUGAUUGAGAAGCGACAAAAUGAGCCGACUUACGAGCAUUUCUUGGAGUGUACCGGGCUGAGUACUAAGUCUAUUUUAACGCCGACGCGUUUAUUGAGUAAUCACAAGAGUAUGUUAAAACCAAAAGAUGUUAAGCUCCGUUCGAAAGUUAAAUCGACGAGUGUUUUUGAACGCCAUGGAAGUACAAUUAAAUACUGGUCCGAACCGUAUAUUUAAAUGAUUUAGGUUUUAUUAUUUAAUUGUUUCUUAGUGUUUUAUUGAUUUGUAAUCGAUUUAUUGAGUUUUAUUUAAUAUAACAAUAAAUAAAAUGUAGGAAAUUCAAGUUUGAAAUUGUUUCGACAAAGUUUUGUAAUGAUUCAAACGGAUUUAUGUUAUAAAUAUGAAUGUUACAAUAAAUAUAUUUAAAAUUAAA